UUGUGGGAUGAAGACAGUAAUGAUAACUUCAUGGACUGCACAAAAUCCGGGAAGAAGAUUUGCCAAAUGCGCAUUGGGGGAGGAUGGCUGUGGCUAUUGGGGUUGGAUAGAUGAUGAAAUGUGCGCUCGAUCUACAAUGAUUAUACCGGGUCUACUCAGAAAGAUCAAUGGAAUGGAGGAAAAAAUGGUUGAAUUUGAAAAAGCUGCAAGAAAGUGGGAAGCAAAAGCUGUGAAAUUGGAGGGUAAAAUGAAGCCACUUCAAACUGAAAUUGCCAAGUACAAAUCAGCCAAUAAGCGACUCAUUCGAUGCGCAGUGUUGCCUUGGCUAAUAGUUGUCUUAGCAAUGUUAGUUAUGAGAAUAGAUAAUUCUGGUGGCAUGCUACAAAUUUGUGGCAUCGUUGAAAAUCCUUGAA